AGGAUUCUAAGAAUGAUUGUAGUGAUGACAUGUGGCUACAAAAAUAUGUUGUAAUGCUUCUCUUUUAAUAUAUAAGGGAUUAUCGGGCACAGUUUCACGAUAUUAUUUGAAAGUUUGUAUUUGUUUGUUGUGGAGAAAUAUUUUGUUUGUUUUUUCGAUAAAAAAAAUCGUUUGUUUGAAAAUAACUAGAGUGAAUGUAAAGAUAUGUGACUCAACCGCUGGAGGCAUCAAAUGUUAGGCACUUUAUUUCUUUGAAAAUCGAAUAUGAUUCCACGCUAUCCUUAUGUACUCACAUGCAUGGUUAAAUGACACCCGUCGUCGCAUCUUAAGGCAUAUAACGCAGAAAAGAAGAUAGGUAAAAAAAGAGAUACAGGGAUACCAACUUUCUAAUGGUAUAACCGUUGUAGUAAUUAGGAAAUGAGUGUAAUUGUUACGUAUAGUAUAUGUGGUCGGUCUUACAAAUGCAUAAUCAAAUAUUGAUUAAUGGUGAAUUCAAUUAGUGUUUACAGAAAAGAAAGUAAAAACAAUGCAAAAACAACAGUAAAUUCUUGUUGUGCUGGUUCCGAACUAAUUGAUGCUGCAAUGAAAUGAGCAUAGACCAAAACCAAAUGUGACAUUUUUAACCAAGUUUCUUAAGACGAGUUCAAAGUACAUAUAUGUCAUUCGCAGGAUAGUAUGGCUGUGAUUAGUAAUGUAGGUGUUCUAGUUAUUUACAAACCGUUUCUUUUAGUAUGACCAAGCAUUAGAAACUUUAUUGAGAUAUACGAUUAAUUGAUUCGGUAGUUUUUCACCUUUGUGAAUGACACGCUUCAUUAAUAGAUACAAAGUUUUUUUCUAAAAUGCAACAAGAAGAGAAUUCAUUCUCUCAUUUGUAUUAAAAGUCAUUUUUUGUAAGCAUCGCCUAGAGCAAAAACUAUUCUCCACUCCACUUGUCUUUCUUCUUCUUUUCUUUUCAAGUUCUUUCCACAUUAAUAAAUGUUUGUGCAGCAACGAAAAUACAUAAGCAACGAAAAUACAUACUUAUAAUUAAGAAGAACAAAGUAAUUAUCCAGAACUAACGGAUUAUAAGCCUUGAUAAUAGAUCUGAAAUUUCUACCAUUCAAAAGCUCGGGUUGCUAUUAUAUUCAGAAACGAGAAUAUCUUUGCCAUCCAUUAGGCUGUACACAACGAAUGAAUCUGAUCUUAAUUAGUUCGAAUGUAACUAGCAACCUCAACUUGCAAUUACUAGCUAAUUCAUCCCUCGAGAUUUUGUAGCUCCAAAAAUUCCCAGCAGAAGUAAACCAAAUAAAUGUUUUGUGCAACCAUUCAUGUAGAAUUAUGAGUUUAAAUGGAGUUCAGUGAGUAAUAUAAAUAAAAAGAAAUCUAAAUACUAACCUGGAAAUGACUGGAAGGAGGAUCGAAGCGAUGUAACUGAGGGGAAUGAAGCCUGGUCCGACGUCAUCAACCACUUAACUGAUCGUUCAUAUAAUAUAUUUAUAUAACCGAUCGUAGAUCUGAGUUAAGGGCCUCGUGCCAGACAACAAUCCCCUCAUAAGAAAAAGCUUCAUAGAUGAACAUGGAGUCCAUAAGAAGAACCCUAGCUACCUUUUACAAGUGAGAUGAUCAGCUUAUAAUUUACAAAGAAUCGUAAAAGUGAAAGAGAAGGAGACAAGAACGCAAUGAUGAAAGGAAGAGGCAGAUAUUAUAUUAUUAGGAAAAGAUAUUGUGGAAAUGUAGGUGGUAAAAAUAAUGAAAAGGCAAGAGGAAAAAGAUAGAAAAGAACAAACAUAUUAAAGUCAUAUCUCACCAAUUUGACGACCUUUUUCGUUUUGUUUAAUACAUUAUAUAUAUAGUUAAACAUUUUAGGCUUAUAAUGCUUUCACAUGUAUAUGGUACUGGAUAUUAAAAAAAAGUCAAAUAUUCGAUUGGUGGAUGAUCAAGAUACUAUCUCUUGGUUGAAUGUAUCUCGGAUCAAAUUAAGUUAAAUAUUGGAUUUUUUUAUAGUUUCUGUGACUUAGCAUAAUUUACUAACAAAAACGUUACACUGAAAUGUAAGUAUGUUCUAUGUAACACGGAAGGCUAAUAUCAUUUUCAGCAUUAGGACGAUGAUGCUACAAGUCAAAACAGAAAGUGAGAAAGUCAAAAGAUUAGUUGAGAAAUAACUAAUGUAAAAUGAAAUUAAGAGGAAAAAAACAAAGAAAGAAGAGCGAUAGGUGAAUUAUUAGGACAUGAUUAUGUUGGAUUAGAUGAAGAUGAGAUUACAGAGGAAAAUGUCUUCAUAAUUCUCAUGUACUCCAUGUGACAUUCACACACCUACCUCUCUUUUCCCUUUCUCCCCAACCCACGCAUGCAUUCAUUUUUAUAUGUUUUCAAUAAGAAAAGUCUUGUGACUGCCAUAUGCACAAAAAUUUAAUUGUUACAGGAGAAUAAGUGGUAUGGAAUGGAUGAAAUACAAAAAACCCAAAAAAUUCAGUGAAACAAAUAUUUACAAAGGAAAAGAAGCAUACUUAAAAUGUACUCCCUCUCCCUCCUGGCCCCCUCUAUAAAAGAUAAAAGUUUUGGUGUGUUUAAACAAUAAUAAAUAUACCAUUUUAUGAUUAGCUAGUUUCGAUAAUUUUAAAUCAGUAGCAAUUCAAUAAAUAUUAUUACUUUUAUAAAAAAAAUCACUAAUACCAUCCAUUAUCAGCUAUUAAAAUGUACAAAAUAUAUCUUUUAAGAACAUUUUUACAGGUGUUCAAACAAAAUUUUUUUAUAAAACACUAGAGUUGUUCCCGGGUUACGCCCGGGUUAUUUUUGUAUGAAAAUGUGAAAUCAGAAUAUCAUAGAAGAUUAAUAUAUUUCUGUCUGAAUUAUUUUUAAUGUAAAAUAGUGUCAGGGUUAAAGUAAUCAUUGAAUGUAAAAAAAAAAAAGGAGAAGUAUUAUCGAUGGCUAUUGAUUCUUACUGAUACAAUGAUUGUAUUAAUUGACGUUGGAAGCAAUAAUGUAAGCUUACAAACAAUUGACUAGUCUCGUUUGUAAACGCUUAAGUCUUCAAACAGAGGAGUAGAAAUCAUAAAUAAGAUGGUGGAGUUUUUGAAGAAGAUGGUGGUAGAUGUGAUGGGAUUUGCUUAAGUUGGAGAGCCUGAAAUUUAAUUUCAAAUAAAUUAGUGAACAUAAAUUUGCAUUAGGAAUCAAUUUAUUUAAUUAAUAGAGUAGGAAGACGUACUUGGAAGUAGCGAGGUAUCCAUCAUACGGGAAGGAGUUUUAACUCUGAUUCGUGUCUGUUGGUAGCUUGAUACUGCAUAGCAGAUACAUGUGAAUUAUUAGAUAGAUAACCACUUUAAAAACCUUCAAUGAGAUUCUGAGUUUUUGAUUUUACUUACCCUCAUGGGAACGAAGGCGGUUGAAGGUUUCUUUGUAGAUUAUAUUCUUCACUUUUUGUUUGUGUGAGUAUUCGCCUUUAGUAUACUUGCAUCCCUUUGUUAUAUGAAGGUUACUGGGUUCCCAGCAUAACAAUAAUCCUUUCUUUUCUAAUAUAUUCAAAUUCGAAGUUUUUUUUUUUUGAUAAAUUUGUUUUUUCUGAAGUGUUUUUUUCUUUCAAAUUUUCUUAAAAUUAAAAAAUUCAUAUUGUUAUAUUUUAAUCAAGACGGUAAUAGAUAGUGCAGAAAAUUAGAUAGUGCAGAUAAUGCAGUAAUAGAUAGUGCAGAAAAUUAUUUAAAAAAGUUCAUCAUAUAUUAAAAAUUAAUAUUUAGCUAAUUAGUAAAUAUUUCAUAAAAAUAAAAAUAAUUUAUUGUAAUGGUUUUUGAAUUGAUAAUAUAUGUAUAAUUUUGAAAAUUAUUAGCCUGCCAUUGCAAGCAAAACACAUAUCAUUCAUACAAAGAAGAAGAAACUCAUUGACUAUAUAGAUAGAUAUUCUUACUUUUCUUACCACGUUCUUAUUGAAAGAGUUUUAUCUUAUGUUUAUCAAACCAUAUCCAUGUUUUUUUUCCUUAUUAACACUAACUCUUAUUAAAAUGGAAAUAAUAAUAUUUGUGAACUUCAGCUUAUGUUAUAUGUAUUAAAUAAAAAAUAACUAAAAAUAUGUGAGUUUGUAUAAAAUUUAAUACAGUAGUAAUACAGAAAAUUAUUUUAAAAGGUUAUCAUAUAUUUAAAAUUAAUAUUUGUUUAAUUAUUAAUUAUGUUUAUUAAAAAAGAUUAUUGUAAUGGUUUUUAAUAUAUAUAUACUAUCUUCUGUUAAGUGCGGAGAAAACACUUAUCAUUCAUACGCAUAAGAAGAAUUUCAUAUGAUAUCACAGUUGUCAUACCUACAAAACUUCUAAUAGUAGAGUUAGGUAAAUUUUUUAAUAUGAGUUUUAGUUUAUUUACUAUAUAGAGAGUUUUUUUAAAUUUUUUUUACCAUGUUCUUAUUUUAAAAAGAAUUAUCUCAUGUUUAUCAAACCAUAUACAUGUUCUUUCCUUAUUAACACUAACUCUUAUAAAAAAAGAAAUAGUCAUAUAUGAGAAUUUCAGGUUCUAUUAUAUGUAGUUAAUAAAAAGAUAGUAAAAUACAGUGCUUUCUAUAGUGUACAAAUAAGUCCAUGGAAAAUAAUUUAUGUUUUUUAAUAAUUGAUUACUAACCUUACCAAGUUUUAGUAGAUUUGUGGGGCCCAGUUGCAUCCCAUCUAUAAUUCAGUUAUAGAUUUUAUAGUCUAUACGUAAUUAUACUACAAUAUGAUUGAAUUCUAUUUUAUUACUUUAGUAAAACUGUAUCUGAGUUUUGUUUUGAAUUUAAAAAUAUUUGCGUCAUUAAUAGUUUUUUUAUUAAUAUGGUUUUAGUAGAAUCAUCUAAUAAUACUCCACAAAUUCUCCAAGCUCUUUAGAUUUUUUUAACAGUUUAGAAAACAUUUAUUUGUUUUAGAAAAAAAAACAAUUAUCAAGCUUACCAACGUUAGGUUUUUUAUUUAAUGGCAGUUUUGUGGUAAGAUUUCUGUGGCAUGAUUUGAGUCACAUAAUUGAUAAGUUUGGAGUUUUGAUUACUCGGAGGCUCUAGGCUUAGUUUGAAAGUUUUCUGGCAAAAUAAAACAAAUAAUUUUGAUAGAAAAGAAAAACGAUGAUAUUAAAUUAUCGGACUACAUUAAAAUAUUUGUAUUGUAUAAGUGCAGUCAAUCUACAAUAUGCAUAGCUUUGUAGAUAUGUCACAGUCAAUAUUACAUUAGUAUAACGUGGUAGAGUUAUUAUAUAUUAUUAUAGAUCCUACGGAAGUAAAGGUUUGACGUACCUGCUGUUUCCAGAGGUGGUGUAGAAGGUGUGUUCUUCAUCCUUUUGUAAUCUUGAUUUUAGAAACGAUCCGAUUGUGUGUUAGAGAUUUAGGUUUCGACUGGUGAUAUUUUCGGGAACACGAGGAAUGAAUAGGAAAGGAACAUAUAGGAAUAAAAUUACAAGAAUGAAAAGGAACAAGGAAUGCUUUUGUUCUAUAGUUCUUUUCAAAAAAAGGAAUGGAGAGGGAAUUUAGGGUAUGAAUGGUGAACAGGAAACGACGAGAAAUAAUGCAUUCCUUAACGUUCCUAAAACAAAUCACCAUUCACAAGGAAUAAUAAUUCCCUCUCAUUUCCUUUCAUUCAUUUUUUGUAGAGAAUUAAAAAACAAAAUUAUUCAUUGAUAAAAUUGAUAAGGAACAACCAUUCAUUUUCAUUCCUACUAUUUUAUUCCAACAUUCUUUUUUUAUUCGUUCCUUUUGUUUUCCGAAUGGUUAUCAGUUAGACCCCUAGAUUAUACACGUACGUAGGAGAGCUUAGAAGAAGGUUCUGAUAUUGUGGUUUGAGUCUUGUUUUUGUAGAUGGGAGAGAUGAAGUUGGGUUUUUUUUAAUUUAAUUAUAUAUGCCUCAAUGAUUCUCUGAGCAGUAUACAUGGUAAUAAUGGAAAAUGAUUAAGCUUAGCGUAUAUGAAGGAGAAUUAGAAAUUUAUUGGCUUGUAUAUCAGAAUAUUUUGUUAUGUUAGUGGAAGGAAACAACAUUAACUUCCUCGGUUUGUCUUGCCAAAACGGUGGCGUUGAAAAUUAUGGCCAUGUCUUAUACUAUCAUUUUUUAUCCUCGUGACUUCCAUCUUUUAUUGGGUUCACGCAAAAAUUAAGAAAAAAUAAAGGCCAAUAACGAUACAAACGAAGCCCAAAAGCCCUCUCCAAAUAAAACAAAAACGUGAAAUCCAGAAGCGACUUAAGCGUGUUUGACAUGUCCAAACAAAAUAUUCCGAUUAGUUGAUUAUUUUUGGUGAUAUGACAGCCUAAAAACUCAGCAUAUAGGCUUUUUAGUAUUGUGAUUUAUCUUUCGAAAAUAUAAAUAUUAUUAUCUAUUAUUUGCAUAUCCAAAUCCUUUUUAAUAUAUUUAUACAUGUCAACAUCUGUACUGAGUUGUUAUCUUUACGUUGGUGUGAAAACCGUUUACUCUCGCUACCUUCUUUCAAUUGUUGACAAUGGCACUACAAAAGUACAAAUACUCCUCAGGAAGCUGUUCUCUCUGUCAGGACAAGUAAUUUAUGUGAUAAUACAAAAUAGUUGUACACGAAUAGAAAGCUUUCUUUUAACCAAAGACAAUUGACAUUGCAAUCAACGCCAAUGCAAAGCAAGAUCACUUCUUCUAUCGGCAAGGAUAUUGUUUUGGGUUGUUGAUUUAUGCAGAGUCAAGAUUAGUCAUCCUAGUAAAAGGGAUAUCUAAUAGGAAGCAUCCACAUAAAAGUUAGGCACGAACCAAACCCAUGGAUUGCAGGCUAGCAGCCCCAAGAGGUUAGCCCAUUUGGUAACCUGUGUAACUCAAUCUUUAAUACUCGAUAGAGAAGGUUUAUGAGAGCAUAUACCCAGUCCAUCCAGAGAUCUGAGAGGGCUAUGCAGAGAUUCUCUUAGCCUAAGCUAAAGGAACAAAACAAGUAUAAUAGAAAGUGGGCUUUUUGUUCGUGGACAAUCUAGUUAUUAGAAAAGGACAAAAAAGAGAGAGAGAGAGAGCAGUGGUUACGUUGUUCACAUAACAACAGUAGUUUGAGAGAGUUUUUCUCUCGAUUCCUCUCCUUCUUCUCUCUCAUGAAUCUUUCAGAAGGAGAGUAUCGCCGGUUUAGUUUUGUUUCUUUUCACCGAAUUUUUCCGGUUGUGUCUCCCGAUGGUCGGGCUUUUGUCUCCGGGGAGAGGUGGUUCCCUCAACACUAUCUUCGCCGGCUCUUGUCUCCGGGAAGGGAUGAUUCUGCUACAUCACUUCGCCGGCUCCUUACCGGGGGUUUCCCCGGUUCCGUUUAAUCAUCGAUUCUUGGGGUCCUCUGCUCAAUCGAUUCUCCUCUUCAGCUUCCGAUCCAUUGUUCCUUGCCUUUGUUAAGGAUGAUUCAUCUUCAAGCUUAUCUCUUUCUAUAAAGAUGUUUGGUUUGCAUGUAAAGAAUUUUGGAGGCUUCAGUUGGAUUGAUGUCGAUUUUUUUUCAGAAGCGGUGAUUUGCUAGAUUUGGCUCUAUGGUUGAUCUAGGUUGAGAACGGUUCAGUCUUGAAUGGGUUCUCCUUGGUCUCGUCUUCGCCGUCGGCGGAGCACCGCCGUGUAAGCUUUCUGGCACCGGAGGAAGGUGAUGUCUUGUGUCUUGACGCGUGUGCCAUUGAUUGCUGGGCAAUCGGACACGUGGUGGAAUCUGGACGUUUCCUUCCCCAACGGUUUUCGUCUUUGGGCUGAAGGCCCGAAGUUCGUUUGGUUUGUUCUGGCCCGUUGGUUUGUGGCCUUUUAAUGUUUGGCCGUUUAUUUGGCCUUAGUUUGUAAAGUUUGUUGGGCUUUGCCUUUUGGGCUUUGUCUCUUUUAAUAAAAUUCCAGAUGACAAAAAAAAAAAAAAAAAAAACAACAGUAGUUUGAUGAUAGCAAAGUGAAUGCUUGCGAAUAAGAUACAAAAGUCUUUUGGAGAAAUCAGAAAAGUGAUCAAAUCCAAAACGACAAUCUUGUCUUGUCCCUGAAAAAUCCUGUCAUUACUCUCUCAAACCCUUUCGCCUUUCGAAUCUCCCUUUUUCUUCUUCUUCCUCUCUCUUCAAUGAUUCCACUCUCUGAAUUUCACUCAACUCCUUCCCAUGGCUGCAAAACGUGUCCACGGAGACUACCCUUCCUCCACCGUUAAACGCCACAAGGACCUCGACUUCCCCGAAGACACCACCACCGCACUCCAAGACGACGACGGCGCCGCCGCGAUCAACCUCCUCAGCCUACUCCUACAAUGCGCCGAAUACGUAGCGACGGACCACCUCCGCGAAGCUUCCAUCCUCCUGUCGGAAAUCUCCGAGACAUGCUCCCCGUUCGGUUCCUCCCCGGAGCGAGUCGUCGCCUACUUCGCCCAGGCGCUCCAAGCGCGCGUCAUCAGCACCUACCUCUCCAGCGCGUGCUCCCAACUCUCGGAGAGUCCACUCCAGUCUCAGAAGAUCUUCGCGGCCUUGCAGACAUUCAACUCCCUGAGCCCUCUCAUCAAAUUCUCACACUUCACCGCCAACCAAGCGAUCUUCCAGGCCCUCGACGGCGAGGACUCCGUCCACAUCAUCGACCUCGACGUCAUGCAAGGCCUCCAAUGGCCUGGACUCUUCCACAUCCUCGCUUCCCGUCCUCGAAAGAUCCGAUCCAUUCGGAUCACCGGGUUCGGGCCAUCCUCCGACAUCCUCGCCUCCACCGGCCGGAGACUCGCCGACUUCGCGGCGUCCUUGUCCCUCCCCUUCGAGUUCCGUCCCAUUGUAGGCAAAAUCGGAAACGUAACCGAUCCGAGUCGACUCGGGAGGAGGCCCGGCGAGGCUGUGGUGGUUCACUGGAUGCAGCACCGGCUAUACGACGUCACCGGGAGCGAUCUCGACGCGCUGGAGAUUAUACGGAGGCUGAGGCCGAGUCUGGUAACGAUGGUGGAGCAGGAGCUGAGCUACGACGACGGAGGAGGAGGCUGCUUUCUUGGGAGGUUCGUGGAGGCGUUGCAUUAUUACAGCGCGUUGUUCGACGCGCUUGGGGACGGGUUGGGGGAGGAGAGUGGGGAGAGGUUCACGGUGGAGCAGAUCGUGCUUGCGACGGAGAUAAGGAACAUUGUUGGGGGGAAAGGGAGGGGGAUGAUGAGGUGGAAAGAGGAGCUGAGUCGGGUCGGUUUUAGGCCCGUUUCGCUUCGGGGCAACCCGGCAACGCAAGCGGGUUUGUUAUUGGGUAUGUUGCCGUGGAAUGGAUACACGUUGGUCGAAGAAAAUGGAACUCUUCGGCUCGGUUGGAAGGAUCUCUCGCUUUUGACUGCUUCUGCUUGGCAAUUUCAGCCGUCCGAUUAACUUUUCAUUACAAUGUGUUUCUUUUUUCUUUUUCCUUUUUAUAAACACACUUGAUCCGUUUAAAGAAUAACGCAAGGUUGGAGAAAAAUAAUUAUGAUAUAGUUGAGAUAUCAAAGGUUUUAUAUAAUUCACUAAUCCUAUCUUA